AUGGGUCGCUCGGCCUUUCCCUGGUCGUGGGCACCCACCCGACAUGUCGAUUCUGUGCAAUUCGGCGUGCUAAGCCCGGAUGAAGUGCGACGGAUGUCUGUUGCGGAGAUCAAGGAAGAGCGUCUCUACGAAAACGGCGAACCAAAGCACGAGGGUCUCGUCGACAGUCGGCUUGGGUCCAAUGCACAUUUCCGCUGCACUACUUGUCACGGUGAUGACCAGACUUGCCCUGGUCAUUUUGGCCAUAUCGAGCUUGCUAAGCCCAUGUACAACGUGGGCUUUGUGAAUACUACCCUCAAGAUUCUGCGCUGCGUGUGUUAUUAUUGUUCAAAGAUAUUAUGCAAUGACGCGAACGUCGAACUACUACUGCGAGUCAAGAAACCUGUGGAUCGUCUGCGAAAGGCGUUGCUUACAUGUUCGAAGGGCAAGAGUGUCUGUUCAGAGGAAACUGGAUGUGGACAUGAGCAGCCCAAGUACUCUCGUGAAGCUUUUCGAAUCAAGGCGCUUUUGAAGGAAAGCGGAGAGACAGGGACUGAGUCCAAGGAGACGUUAGAUGGCAGUAAAGUCUAUGCCAUCUUCAAGCGAAUCAGCGACAGAGAUUGCCGAGCAAUGGGAUUUUCCCCGGAGUUUUCGAGGCCGGAGUGGUUUCUUGUCUCUUUGCUCCCCGUGCCACCACCACAUGUCCGUCCUUCUGUCAUGCGGAAUGGAUCACGAAAUGAAGAUGAUCUGACGAGCAAACUUGGGGACAUCUUAAGAAAUAACAACCUCCUCAAGACUUUGGAAUCUACGGGUGCAGUCGCACACGUUCUCAAAGAACAAGAAGCACUGCUGCAGUACCACGUCGUCACAUACAUGAACAAUGAGUUUGCGGGUGUCAUUCCGGCCACUGUAAAAGGAGGGGGUCGCAAUAUUAAGAGUAUAGGACAACGUUUCAAAGGCAAAGAGGGUCGUGUUAGAGGAAAUUUAAUGGGAAAGCGAGUAGACUUCAGUGCCCGAACUGUGAUUACUCCAGAUCCAAACCUGAAGCUACACGAAGUUGGGGUGCCCAUUUCAAUUGCGAUGAACUUGACAUACCCGGAGAUCGUUACUCCGUUUAAUCGGGAGGAUUUAACCAAACUCGUCAUGAGGGGUCCCCAUUCGCAUCCCGGUGUCAAUUAUAUUGAAAGCGAAGAUCGAGUGUUCAGUCUAUACUUUCAGAAUCCCGCCGACAUCCAAUUGACUGUCGGAAUGAAGGUCUUUCGUCAUAUUCGGGAUGGCGACUACGUGUUGUUUAACCGGCAGCCCAGUCUACACAAAAUGUCAAUUAUGGGUCAUAGAAUUCGCGUGCUUCCCUACUCAACGUUUCGCCUCAACCUUUCCGUAACAUCGCCUUACAACGCUGAUUUCGAUGGAGAUGAGAUGAACUUGCACGUUCCUCAGAGCCACUUAACGCGCGCGGAAGUUCAAGAACUGAUGCUUGUGCCACAUUGCAUUGUAUCACCCCAAGGGAACAAGCCUGUGAUGGGCAUCGUGCAAGAUACUUUGCUUGGAUGCAUGCUCUUCACACAAAGGGACACGUUCUUGGAGCGAGAUCUGACAAUGAACCUGCUCAUGCAUGUUGGCGAUUGGGACGGAGUAAUACCAGAACCCGCGAUAUACAAACCACGACCUCUCUGGACUGGCAAGCAAAUUUUCUCGUUGAUUCUUCCUGCUGUGAAUUUGGUUCGCUUCAACAUCACUCACCCCGAUGAUGAGAACACCGACAUUUCUCCAGGUGAUACAAAAGUGUACAUCUCACGAGGGGAGCUGGUAUGCGGUAUCGUAGACAAGAGGACUGUGGGAACAUCCGCGAAUGGCCUAAUUCACGUUACUUGGAAGCAAUGCGGUGCCAAAACGACUGAUAAGAUGAUCUCGCAGAUCCAGGUGCUGGUGAACCACUAUGUUCUUCAGCGAGGGCAGUCCAUUGGAAUUGGAGACACGAUUGCAGAUACCGCAACAAUGAGUAAUGUAAUCAGAACCAUUCAAAGUGCAAAGGAAGAAGUUAAAUUGCUUGUUCGCAAAGCUCAAGAAAAGGAACUAGUUCUCCUUCCCGGUAAAGGAAUGAUGGAGUCAUUUGAAACUGAAGUGAACAAGGUGCUGAACGGCGCUAGAGAUAAGUCUGGUGCCUCGGCUCAGAAAUCGCUUCUGAAGUCCAACAACAUCAAACGAAUGGUUAGCGCCGGGUCCAAGGGUUCCUUCAUCAAUAUUUCACAAAUUUGUGCUUGCGUAGGCCAGCAAAAUGUUGAAGGAAAACGCAUUGCGUACGGGUUUAACAGACGGACCUUGCCUCACUUUGUCCUGGACGACUUGGGACCUGAGAGUCGUGGUUUCGUGGAGAACUCGUAUCUACGAGGUUUGACCCCGUCGGAGUUUUUCUUUCAUGCAAUGGGAGGUCGAGAGGGUCUGAUCGAUACUGCUGUGAAAACAGCAGAGACUGGUUACAUCCAAAGGCGUCUUAUAAAGGCGAUGGAAGAUGUCAUGGUUAGAUAUGAUGGAACCGUGAGGAAUUCGGUCAACCAUAUUGUUGAGUUCCUUUAUGGAGAAGAUGGAAUGGACGCAACCUUUUUGGAGGACCAGUUCUUGCGAACUUACAAAAUGUCUGAUCGUCAGUUGCGCGACGAAUACUAUCUAAAUCCAAUGGAUCCAGGAUUUGGUCGCGACUCGAAAGGCCGUCCAUAUUUGGAUACAGAAAUUACGGAAGGCGUGCGGCAAGACGCCCAGAUUCAUUUGGAGUUGAAGGCAGAGUUCAGUCAAAUUCAAUCUGAUCGUGAGACCCUGAGGCAUGAAAUUGUCAAAAACGGUGAAGCCAAACGUCCCUUGGCCGUUAAUGUAGACAGAGUGAUCUGGAAUGCAAAACAGGAACAUAACAUCCGCCCUGACUCGGUUUCCGAUCUUAAUCCAGACCAGAUCUUGAAGGGGGUGAAAAUGCUGAUGAAGAGGACGAGGGUUAUUGUCCUAGGCGAUGAAGACGAAGAAGAAGCGAAUGCCACUCGGAACGACGAUGAGGGCAAUGUUGAAGACCGCAAACCAACCCUUGUGGACCCUAUCGCCCGCGAAGUCCAGGAGAAUGCAACACUUCUGUUCCAAAUUCACCUCCGCUCAAUGUUGGCAUGUAAGAAGAUCAUCAAAGAACACAGACUCACGAAGAAAGCCUUUGUUUGGGUGCUUGGUGAAAUUGAGACACGCUUCUUAAGUUGCCGGGUUGCUCCUGGAGAGAAUAUUGGUGCUAUUGCUGCGCAGUCAAUUGGAGAGCCUGCGACUCAGAUGACUCUCAAUACUUUUCAUUACGCAGGUGUCUCUGCCAAGAAUGUCACCCUUGGCGUGCCUCGUUUGAAGGAAAUUAUCAACGUUUCCAAGAAUACUAAAACUCCCUCUCUAACAGUUUAUUUGAAACCAGAGUUUGCUGCUGACAAGGAGAAGGCAAAGGAAAUCCAGGCGUCUCUGCAGCACACGACUCUGCGAGACGUUACGCAGUGCACAGAAAUCUACUACGAUCCGGAUCCAUCUCGGACAGUUGUGGCCGAAGAUGAGGAAAUGGUUUCAAGCUUUUUCGAAAUUGAGGACGUUCCCCAUGCUGCGUCGCCUUGGUUAUUGAGAAUUGUGCUGGACAAAGACAUGCUACAAGAUCGGAGCAUCAGUAUGGAUCAGAUUGAAAGAAUAGUGUAUCAAAACUUUGGCAGCGAUGUACACGUCAUCAGAUCGCAAGACAAUGAUGAGCGCAUAGUACUUAGGCUGCGUGUGACAGAUGAAGCAGCGAGAGAUAAAUAUGGCGAAAAUGGAAACGGCGGCGAGAUGGAUGACGACGAGGAAGAAGACGACGAAGACUCUGACAAUGCCUUCUUGAAGCGCUUAGAAUCAGAGCUCCUGUCUGAAAUGAACCUCGGAGGCAUCUCCAGAAUCCGCAAAGUAUUCAUGCGCCAAUCUCGCACCACCUACGUGGACGAAAGCGUUGGACGCUUUAAAUCCCGAGAAGAAUGGGUGUUGGAUACGGAUGGUGUUAACCUGAUAGCAGUCAUGUCUCACGAGGCCGUUGACCACACCCGAACAACUUCAAAUGACAUCGUAGAGAUCUUCGAGGCUUUAGGCAUUGAGGCGGUCCGCGAGGCACUAAUGAACGAAAUCCGUGGAGUUAUCUCCUUUGAUGGAGCCUAUGUGAACUAUCGACAUUUGGCGAUCCUCGUGGACACAAUGACUUAUCGAGGUCACCUGAUGGCAAUUACGAGGCACGGUAUAAACCGAGUUGAUACCGGUCCCUUAAUGAAAUGUUCUUUUGAGGAAACAACUGAUAUUCUGCUUGAGGCGGCGCAGUUUGGUGAAAAGGAUCACCUACGAGGUGUGAGUGAAAACAUCAUGCUCGGUCAGCUUCCACCUAUAGGAACUGGGAGCUUUAAACUUUUACUCAACGAGGACAAGCUGAAGGACGCAAUCGAACCAGAGGCAGCUCAGGAACAAGUAGCAGUGGGGUCACCUCUUGGAGUGGUUGGUGGGGGGUUCGAAUCUGGAGCGUGGAGCCCAGGGCGACCAAUGGCCACGCCAGGACGAAAAAGGACAUUCGAUGCCCGGGCAACACCAGGGAACGCAUAUUCCCCAGCCGCAUGGCAAACACCGAAUCGCAUGGGAUCCACGAGAGGGGCAUCGCCUUUCAAUAUGCAGUUUUCUCCAACUGCUGAUGAUGCGCAGUUUUCUCCGAUGCCCGCAACUCCUGGUGGUGCAGGGGUCGGUGGGGGUGGCUACACUCCUUUGCAAUCUCCUGGCCGUGAGUAUGUGACACCGUUGAGCCCGGGUGGUGCGGCAAGCCCUUACCACAAUCAGAGCCCUGCGUACGCUUCCAGUCCUGGAUAUGCAGCAAGCCCUGCAGCGGGAGGAGCGGGUGGGUAUGGUGCUGGUGCCAACACGUUUGCGCCUGCAAGUCCGGGCUACAGGUUGACAUCGCCUGGACCAAGUGCAUACGCCAUGGCGCAAUCACCGGGUGCACAGUCACCUGGGGCACAGUACUCACCGACAAGUCCAGGGUUUAGUCCUACGAGUCCGGCCUACACUCCGAGUGGUGCGGUGGCGGGGGCUGCCGCUGGUGGAGCAAGUUACUCUCCGACUAGUCCAAGCUACAACGCGCCUGGAGCCGCUUCACCAGCGGCUGGUGGCUACGGCGGAGGGUCGGCGAGCCUAGCGUACAGUCCGAGCUCACCGGCAGCCUAUAGCCAUAGCUCCCCUGGAUUCGCUCCAAGCUCACCAGCGGGUGGGUACGCGCCAUCUACACCAGCAUAUGCAGCGCAAUCGCCGGGUGCCAAUCGGUACAACUCCUACGGACGAGGGUCGAAUCACUACUCUCCAUCGUUUGCGAACAAUGCAUCUCCGAGUUCACCUCAGUACUCCCCUUCCUCUCCACAAUAUUCACCUAGAUGAAAGGUUGCUGUAAAUGAAGAGAGUUUUGUA